AUGGAGACGCUACUACCAGGCAAGACAAACAAUCAAUCCUACAGUCCACAGCUGAAAACUGUUUUAAAAACAUAUCAGCUGUCAGCCGUCAAGAGUUUACAGGGUCCAAGUUCGGCCCUACUUGAUAUGGAAUGUAAAGGUCUACUUCAGGAACAAGCAGCAGCAUUUCGCUUCUCACCAACACAUGGCCCAGAUUCAAUUGCGGAAGGUUGUGGUAAAAUUGUCAAGGACAGAAUAUCACCGGUGCCAGUUCUAUGCAAAGAUCCAAGGGUGGGUCAUUUGCCCGAGGACUCUGACGAUGAUCCACAACCAGAACGACUGAAAAUUCCACUUGAAAAACGUGAACUCGAAUUUCCAAUUCCAAUUUUAACAACUCCCGAUCAAAGUUGUUCGGAGAGGUGUGAAACAUUGCUCGAAGGUGAGAGAAUAUCGUGCUUUGUUGUGGGUGGAGAAAGGAGGUUAUGUCUGCCACAGAUACUCAAUACAGUUUUACAAGAUUUCUCCCUACAACAAAUAAAUCAAGUUUGCGAUGAAUUACAAAUUUAUUGUUCAAGAUGUACACGCGAUCAAUUGGAGGAACUUAAAUUAUCUGGUAUUUUACCCCGAAAUGCCCCAUCUUGUGGUUUAAUAACACAAACCGAUGCAGAACGUUUAGUGAGUGCUUUACUGUCCCGUGCGGAGCCCUGUUUGGCAAUACCAAUACAGGAACAUGAAUUUGAAGAGAAGAAACUUCAUAAAAAAGAAGUCGACGAGAAUUGUGUUUCGAGAUUUAAAGUGUAUCAUGAGUGUUUUGGCAAGUGUAAGGGAAUUUUUGAUGCCGAUUUAUUUAUUACAGAGGACUCGGCAUGCAUUGAGUGUUUAGAGUGUGGUUUAAGGUUUUCUCCAGCGAGAUUUGUGAGGCAUGCACAUCGUUCAUUGGAAAAUCGGACAUGUCAUUGGGGUUUUGAUUCGGCAAAUUGGAGAUCGUAUCUUCUUUUGUCUCGUGAUCAGGGGCAUUACAAUAAAGUUGUGAAUUAUUUUCAGGAACUUAAGGAGAGACAUCUUCUUCCUAAUUCGAAACGAAAAUUUGAGUUCCGGUAUGAACCUGAGAAGUUAGCAAAGAAAUUAAAGAAGGAAAUAGCGAAGGAAGAAUUUCCAGGUGGUAUUUACAAUGGAAAUGGAUUGGGCCUUUAUCAUCCUGUUUCGACAGUGACUAGUGCUAAUGAUCCCUAUUUGCAAAUGCAAUGGGCUGUUUUUGAAUUAGCUGCUAGGGGUGCAUCCGCUUUUAGGCCUUGGAAUACGCCUGGAUCGUGUAAACUUAGGGACAGUUCACCAUUGGUUCCUGCUUAUCUGAGUAGAGGACCACCAGUACUCCAACAUCCGGAACGAGUAGUACCACUCUCGGAUUGUGAACGUUUCGAGCCACAUUAUCAGCCUAAUGUUGCACUUGCACCAAUAGCAGCAACAGUACCAUUAAUUCCUGCCACUCCAUUACAACAUCAUCGUCGUUAUCCUCAUGAGCGUCGUCGUCAUCAAAAUCAUCGUUCACCGAGUCCAAAUGAAAAAUCCGAAUCAUUUCCAGUUAGUGUGAAACUUGAGAAACCAUCGUCACCAGUGCCGAGUGGUACUACUGCAUUUGUUCCACUUGCACCUUCAGCACCAACAGCAGCAGAUGAAACACAAGAUGAACACAGUAGUAGUGUCAAUAAUGAUGUUAUUUGUCAUGAAGAAAAAUUAUUAGGUCAUCAUGAGGAAGAGGAAAGUGCAGCAGUCACAUCGUCAACAGUCAAUUGUGAAUCAACAACAGCCAUUGAAAUUGUCACCUCAUCGCCUGAAAUUGAUCAAAAUUUCGAUGGAUCAACGGCUAUUGAAUUAAAUGAAAGACUAGUGGGUAUUGAUUUACCAGUGGAUAUUGUUGACCUUAUAAAACGAUUGUCAUCUGAAAAUGCAAUUUUACGACAAGCACGAAUAACAGACGCACGUGAAAUUACAAGGUUACGGGAUUUAUUGCAAAUUAAAGAAACAACAACAAUAGCAACUUGUAAAAUCGAAAAUAAUGAAGAAGUGACGAAUACAAGUGUUGUUGACAGCACUGAAAGCAAUGAGAAACCUAAGGAUUCAACGCUUUCGGAUAGUAAAACAGAAAACGAAAUCUCUACUGAGAGUAGUGUUUAGAAAAAGCAAAACACUUUCCGCGGUUAUAAUAUAAAUAUACAAUACUCGAAAUUUUCUGUCUAAUGCUCAAAUGGUUCUGAACUUUUCCUCGAGUAUAAAAUUAUUUAUUUUCCAUUUCUUUUCUAUUUAAAAAAAAAAAAUGUGAAUAGUGAUAUUUUUUUUUAUCUCCUUGAUCGUAGGGAGAAAUUUUUUUUUUCUCGUUAAGAAAGGAAAAGAAACAGAACUGAUAGGCAAAAAUUUUCGAUUCUAUUGUUCGUUUGGGACAAAUAACUGCUCAGUAAUUAAUCGCGGCACUUAUCACCCGUUCGGAUAAGUGUGGUACUGAAUUUUCGCGCUAGAGGUAUUAAAAAUUAUCCCAUAAUAUAAAUUAUGUAUACGUAUAAUAAAAAUCUAUUUGUAAUUUAAUAAAUAUUUAAUUUCACAAAUAAAUGUUUAUACAUAUACAUACAUUUAUAUUAUAAAUAUAAAUAUAUAAAUAAUUGAAACAAUUCUAAAUAAAAUGAGAACUCUCUUGGUUAUGUGAUAAAAUGAAGAGCCUUUUAAACGUUAUAAUUAUUAACGAUUAAAUUCAGAGUUCUUAAAAAAAGAAAUUGUAAGUAAAACUUUUAUCAGCGGUUUUGUUUUUUGACCCAUUGUAGAUAUUGUACAAUACAGAGAAAAAAAGAUUAAUUAGUUAUUAAAAAAAAAAAAGAAGUGAAUUAUUACCACGCCACGAUUAUAUAGAAAACAUUAAUGGGGGAAAGAAUGAGUGUACAAUUGAUAUUAAAUAUCAAAUGCGCGAGAGAUUUUUUUUCCUUUAAAAGAAAAAAUAAAAGAAAAUUAAAUGCAAAAAAAGAAAGAGGAGAUAUGCUUGAGUAUAAUGAAGUUUAGGUUAUUUUGUUUUUUAAAUAACCUUUCUGAAUUUAUAAUCGCAUAUUUUGUGUAUAUAACGUAUACAUUCUGAGGUCAGAUAUAUACAUAGAAAUAUAUAUGUAUAUUUAUUGGUAUAUUCAUAUAUAUGUUCAUAAAAAUUAGAGUGAUCGUAGAAAGAAAAUUUGUGCACAUUAAAAAAAAAAUUUCGAAAUAUUUUCUAAAAG